AUGUUCUCAAACGGGCUUCCGUGCAAUUUACCAUUUCCCAGCUGUCUCGGGGUGCCAAAGGAUAGCGGAAGUGACGAGCUGCUGCCGACGAGCAUGGGAAGUCGCGAACCGGUCAUUCUCAACGUGUACGAUAUGUAUUGGAUCAACGAGUAUACCACGUCGAUCGGCCUAGGAGUCUUUCACUCCGGUGUGGAAGUGUUCGGUACGGAGUUUGCCUAUGGUGGCCACCCGUUCCCCUUUACCGGGGUGUUCGAGAUAUCGCCACGUGACCACGACGAACUCGGUGACCAGUUUCGGUUUCGGCAAAGCAUUCAAAUCGGUUGUACAGACUUCACCGAGGAAGAAGUGAGGCGAAUCGUUGAAGAGCUGGGAAACCAGUUCCGGGGCGACCGGUACCAUCUAAUGAACAAUAACUGUAACCACUUCUCCGGCGCCCUCACACAGAUCCUGUGUGGCCAGGAAAUUCCCAGCUGGGUGAACCGAUUAGCGCACUUCAGCUCUUGCGUACCUUUCCUUCAGCGCUGCUUACCCAAAGAAUGGUUGACGCCAAAUGCCUUACAACAGUCGAUCACCGCCAUACAGGAUCGCGACUCGGACUCGAGUCCAUUUUAAAGGCACAGCACAGUGACCGAUACCUCCUAUCUCUCCACUACUUCAACGUAUUUUUUUAGAACUUACGGCCACGCCACUACUCGGACUAGGAAUUUUUGUUCCACUAAACAAGGACCGGGACGGGGGGACACAGCUCGAUGGGUCCCAUCUGCUCUGACCAUCUGAUAUUGAAGCGACCGAAACCGGAACCGUGUAUUCUUCGCGACUCCAUACUUGAGUUGUUACCGAAUUCGUUCAAAAACAUGAGACAGGCAAAACUGCUUGACAGACCGCACCCGUUGCGCUGUCCAGUCGGUGGAGCGAACCAUUUUUCUGCGAACUGCAAUCAGUAUGUUGUGGCGGCGAUGAUGCAGAGGCCUAACUCAGGUGAUCGAUUGACGCUGACCAAGAGCACGGUAAACACACGGGCGUUCGUGUAAGAUUUCAUAAACAACAGUGAGUGAGAGAUAGGAUUCUCCCCGAAUAGGUGUACCACAGCGAGCACGACACACGACACGUAUUAUGCCACUCUUGCACUGAUGCACGCCUUGCCCAUCAUUUGGUAUUGUUUUUACUUUACUUUUUAACUCUCAUUCAAAACCCCGCAAAUUGCAGUGUGCUGCAAUGGCCACACAGAAAAACCGUCUUCAAAUUAACGCCAAGAAGCAGGGAAACACAGAACAGCAACGAGACUGUCGAACGCGAACUGCGCAAAGUCCGCGGUCCGGGUCCUCCAACACGACGGCGGGCACGGUAACUUUAGGAAAAACGAACUGGUUGAUAUUAUGUUAAUGCUCGCACACCGAAAACGAACUCCAAAUCGGUUAACAGUGAAAGGGAAGAGGUAUAUUUGCUAAACGGUUGCAAAAAACGUGAGAGAAAAGGUGUAAUAAAACAGAACGCGUGUACAUUGUAAUCCACGAGGGGGGCCCUUCUCAAGGGGGGAUCAUACAUUAAGCUUUAGUAAAAACAAGGAACUCUCUCGUAGAUACGUUAAAAUUGACACACACACACAAAUCAGAAUUCAGAACCACAACAUUGAUCCAGAACCCGUACGCUCGUAGAGAAACCCGAUAGCAGAUUAUUCCUCCGGCGCGGGGCCUGUAUCUGCCCGGGGGACGGCAAAGGAGUUUAUUAAAAGAAAACCUAUUAUAAACCUAUGAAACGAAAAAUUUAAAAACAAACCUUGAAUAGAUAAGCAACACUUUCACACUAGAAUCGAGUCACGAUAAACAGUAAAAUUAAACAACAAACGCGGCGUGAGGAACACGAUAUAAACGAAAUGUGGAUAAACUGUCCCCGUAAAAAGAGAAUGCUAAAAACCAAUAGAGAGAGAGAGAAAGGUUUAAUGAAUUGAUUGAUCAAUUGUUUGAUUAAAAGAUUGCGUAUGUUGUGAUGGUGAAGGUUUAGAGUUUAUCGAAACACGUUUAUCGAGGCCACAGAACCUCGUCAACCUAAACAAACUACACUAAGGUAACUGGCUUCCCGUUCCUGAGCCGCAACGGCCGUAAGCGACGGUGACGGUGUUCUAAACACGAUCGAUCGCGGAUCGCAGAGUUAGAGGCAGGGCGCACCAGAAGGGGUCAAGUAGACGAUCGCCAGAAAAGUAUUCGAUACCUGACCGAAUCCGUAUUAUGUACCGAAUUUAUUUUCUCCACUAUCCGGGGGGGCAUUUUUCCGGGCACCGGAAAGUCGUCCGAAGAACCGAUAACCUGAUCUACACACAGUCGUUCGCACGCUUACGGAGGGAUCGUUUGAUGGGUGGGUUUUGCUGCUUAUCUUUUAUCUUGCCACAGCACCGAUCGCGGACAACCGAAAUACGGUGUGCACAAGCGGAUCCGAGUUACUUCUAUUAUUCUACUAAACCACUGAUACGUCACCAGUUUCGCUCUCUUUCUCUCUCUCUUAUCCCAAGUUUAGCCCCUUACGUUAAGUUGAUAAGUGAGAACACUAUAAGGGAACGGAACGGAAACACUCAAAACGAAGUCAGCA